UACAGAUAAACAGUUGCUAUAUAUAUGUGUAAAAGACCUAUUUGAUUGCCGCCUCGGUCAAAGUAAACAUACGAUUGAUGUGUUCUUCAUCGUCUUCUUCCCUUAAACGAGUAACAGAAAAGUCCUAAGUCAGAUUGAAAACUCAACAAUCAACAACUGACAACAGAAAUAAUCAAAAAAGAAAAAAAAAAAACCCACCUUUCUUUCACACCUGUCUCAAAAAAUAUACUAGUUUUGCUUCACAAGCUUUCUCUGUCUCUCUCUCAUCUCAAUUUUUUAUUGUUCUCUCUCUACACUGUACGUGUAUAAACAGGGCUGCACUCAUCAAACCCAGAUUACAACGUUUAUUUGAAGGAGUUUGAACGUUUGAUCCGUGUUUGAACAUUUUGUGACACCCUAUGCCAAUACAAAUUCAAAAUUUGGAAAACAAAUUGUUGAACCAAGGAUUGGGGAAGAGUGGGAUGUAAAGAAGAGUUGUUUGGUGGAGUUGGGUGAAAGGUUUUAGCCAUGGGGUCGAUGAACGUUGAGAAGAAAUGGGUAUUUCCUCUGGUUAUAACCUCGUUCAUAUGUGUAUUUCUCUUUGCAACCUCAUUCAACAUGGGUCUUGUUUCCUCGUUGCGCAAGAUCAAUUCAAUCAUUUCUAUUUUCCCAUCUCAUACCAAUCACACGGACCAACUUUUUGCGGAAAGCAAAGUUGUGCACACUCCUCCUCCUCCUCCUGCUGGGCCUUCUAUCCCUCGUUUCGCUUAUCUGAUUUCCGGGUCUAGAGGUGAUUUGGAAAAGCUUUGGAGAACGCUUAGAACGCUAUAUCAUCCACGGAACCAAUAUGUUGUCCAUCUAGACCUAGAAUCGCCUGUAGAAGAGAGGUUGGAGCUUGCUUCCCUGGUGGCAAAAGACCCACUGUUUGUCAAAGUUGGGAAUGUUCACAUGAUUACCAAAGCUAAUAUGGUUACUUAUAGAGGACCGACCAUGGUUGCCAAUACUCUUCACGCAUGUGCUAUCCUUCUCAAGAGAAGUAAGGAUUGGGAUUGGUUUAUUAACCUCAGUGCUUCAGAUUAUCCUCUUGUGACACAGGAUGAUCUUCUUUUCGUUUUUUCUGACUUAAAGCGAGAGCUGAAUUUCAUUGAGCACACAAGCCAUUUGGGUUGGAAGGAGGAUAAGAGAGCAAUGCCAUUGAUGGUAGAUCCCGGGCUCUACCAGUCAACGAAGCAAGAUAUAUUUUGGGCCACACCAGGGAGAGGUUUGCCAACAGCCUAUAAAUUGUUUACUGGUUCGGCAUGGAUGGUCCUUUCACGUUCAUUCGUCGAAUACGUCAUAUGGGGUUGGGAUAACCUUCCGAGAAUACUACUCAUGUACUACACAAAUUUCGUCUCCUCUCCUGAAGGCUACUUUCAAACCGUCAUAUGCAACGUGCCGGAGUUUGUCCAAACCGCCAUCAACCAUGAUAUGCACUAUAUCUCUUGGGACACUCCCCCGAAGCAGCACCCCCACACCCUCAAUCUAAACGACACAGCCAAAAUGAUUGCUAGUGGCGCUGCGUUUGCACGUAAAUUCAAGCAUAACGACCCUGUUUUGGAUAAGAUUGAUAAGGAGUUAUUGGGCCGAAGAAAUGGGAGCUUCACGCCGGGUGGUUGGUGUGCGGGUAAGCCCCGGUGUUCCAAGGUAGGGAAUCCUAACAAGAUUAAACCGAGUCCGGGAGCUCGAAGGCUGCGACGGCUCAUAGAUCAGCUACUUUUGUCGAGUAAGAAUGGUGAAAACCACUGUAAGUAAGAUUUCAUUGAAGCAUUAUCGUUGGAAAAAAGGCAAAUUGGAAAGUGUUGGUUCAAUCUACAAGCCCAACCAGAUUAAUCGGUCCAAUGGGCUAGAUAUCGAGUUAUCAAACCAAAAAAAAAAAAUCCACAAGCCCAAGUGUUUUUAAGAAUGUUGUAUCAAAGAGAGCAAAUUUUUAGUUUUUUUUUUUUUUUGGGGGGGUGGGGUGGUUAAAGUUAGCACCAUUGUCAUCUUAGGUUUUGUCACGGUUAAAAAUUAUGUAGUUACUUAUUUCUACUUUUUUUUUCUUCCCAAUUACCCAUAUUAAUUAUUCUUUGGUGUUCGCUUUUCUCUCA